CUGGCCAAUCACAUGGGACAGCACUCAGCCAGUCCCCUGCCUCACCGCUGGCCAAUCACAUGGCACAGCUCUCAGCCCCGCCCCUGCCUCACUCCUGGCCAAUCACAUGGGACAGCUCUCAGCCAGUCCCCUGCCUCACCGCUGGCAAAUCACAUGGAGCCCUGUCAGCCCCGCCCCCUGCCUCACAGCUGGCCAAUCACAUGGAGCCCAGUCAGCCCCGCUCCCUCCAUCACCCCUGGCCAAUUACAUGGGACUGCACUUAGCCCCGCCCCCUGCCUCACUGCUGGCCAAUCACAUGGGUCAGCACUCAGCCCCGCCCUCCUCUCCUGCCUUAGGACCCCAUUGACAGUCCUAGUCUCUUGUCCCCAAAAUAUUAGAACCCCUAUGGUCGGUGCCCCGAGACCAAGGUGGGGGCGCCCUGGGGGGGCGGGCACACCGGCCCUGUCAAUCACAGCUGGGUGGCCCUGGUGGGGUCUCUGUCCAGCCCUGGAGCCUCCUGCCCACGCAGACCCCACUGUCCGUCUCUCUCCCGCGCGGGGCCUCCACGUGCCGCUUCCCUUCCCAGGACCUCGGAGCUGCAGGGAGCUGCGCACCAGGGGCCACACCCUGAGUGGCUGGCACACCAUCUACCUGCCCGGCUGCAGGCGGCUGACUGUGCUGUGCGACAUGCACACGGACGGCGGGGGCUGGACCGUGAUCCAGCGCAGGGUGGACGGCUCCGUGGACUUCUACCGGGACUGGGCCGCCUACCAGCAGGGCUUUGGCAGCCAGCUGGGCGAGUUCUGGCUGGGCAAUGAACACAUCCACGCCCUGACCGCCCAGGGCACCAACGAGCUCCGUGUGGACCUGGUAGACUUCAAGGGCACCCGCCACUUUGCCAAGUACCAGUCGUUCAGGCUGGGGAGCAAGGAUGAGAAGUACAAGCUGGUCCUGGGUGCCUUUGCCGGGGGCAGCGCCGGUGACUCCCUGACCAAACACAACAGCUCCCUGUUCUCCACCAAAGACCAGGACAACGACAGGGCCUCUUCCAACUGUGCCCAGACUUACCAGGGCGCCUGGUGGUACUACAGCUGCUACAUGUCCCACCUGAACGGGCGCUACCUCGGGGGCUCCAACGAGAGCUCUCCGAACGGCAUCAUCUGGAUUUCAGGGAACGGGAAAAAUUACAGCUACAUGGUGGCCGAGAUGAAGGUGCGGCCCGUGUAGGGCGGUCGGCGGCCUGGAGCAUCUCCGAGCAGGUCCCCCGACCCCCAGCCCGGGCACAGGAGGCCCCCCCGCAAAGACAGAGCUCACCCUGGCCUCGCCUCGUGCCCAUAGGGACCCUCAGCUUUGAGACCCAACAGACUCCUCGCCCUUCCUCUCCCACCUGCUUGGUGAGGGUGACCCAGACCUUGCACACUGCACGCAUUCUCAAUAAAGAAUCGCCUCGCUCUGCAGGCACACGAUGCCAGUCUAUACA